GCAUAAACAAUCACCAGUGAGCUGUAGAGUGUGUAAUUUGAGCGUAAGCAAUAUCAAUAAAUCAGUCUAGUUUGGUUUAAGAAACUCUUCGGGGCAGUAAUAUUUCUAAACGCCAAGUAAAAUAAGUAUCAAGUAAAGACGAGCCAACUUGUAAUUUUUAGUCACUUUUUUUUUAAGAAACAUUACAGACAGCCACAUUUCCUGUGUUCAAGCAGUAACUAAUGGCUGGAAAGGUUCUCUGCGAGGCAUCAAAACUGUACAACAUCCUAAAUCAAUACACUCAUCUAUCAAGGCUUGCAGAAAGCAACUAUCUUUGUCUGAUUGAUGCUCGUGCAGCUGAAUCAUAUAACUUCAGCCACAUCAUUAAUGCCAGAAAUGCAAAAUGGGAUUCUGAUGGGAAGUUUAUUAUGCCCUUGGAUGUUGAGGUUGAAAGUAUGAAGCAUAUCAUUGUUUAUGACAGUAGUACACAUUCUCUGUCAGAUUCAGGUCCAGCUAUAGACUGUGCAGACAGCAUAGAAAAAGCGAGCCAAUUUCCAGUUCAGAUUCUUAGUGGAGGCUAUGAGAAGUUCUCUGCACUCUACCCUUUCUUAAGAACACAAAAGAUUAUUUACACUAUUAAGGAAUUGGAGAGCUUGAAUCCCUAUCCUGUGGAAAUCUUGCCAGGCAAACUUUACAUGGGUGAUUACAGGCAGGCCACAAACCUGCAAAUCCUUAAAGAUCUGAAGAUGAAUGCACUUGUCAAUCUCUCUGAUGAAUGCAGUCUAGUGUUUAAAAAGGCAAACUGCACUGUCUUACACAUCCGAAUUGCAGAUUCUUCAGAUGCAGAUUUGAUUGCUUCAUUUGAGAGAAUAUGCAUUUUUAUUGGUUCACAUCUCAAUACUUCUUGUUCUGUUCUGAUAUUCUCUACUCUUGGAGUAAGCCGAUGCAGUGCUGUAACAAUGGCAUAUCUUAUGCAUCACCUUAAAUACACACUAAAGGAGGCGUGGAAUCAUAUUCAGCAGUGCAAAGCCAACAUGAGGCCAAAUCGCGGAUUCAUACAGCAACUUUCUGACUGGGAACUUCAGACUGUUGGGAAGAAAAUAACAGAUAUAUCUGAACCCAACUACUGACAAUAACAAAAUUUAACAGAAACAUAAUGUGCACAUUCAUAUUAAAUGACUUUCUACAGUCAGUGAUGAUACUGAAUCAUAGAUUAUUUAAUAUUAAUAUAUUCAUUACAUACCUGUAAACACACUACAGACAAUAUUAGAAUGUACAAAAUAGGGUAACACUUUACAAUAAGGUUCCAUUAGUUAUGUUAGUUAAUGCAUUCACUAGCAUGAACAAACAGUGAAUGAUAAAUUUAUAACAGUGUUUAUUAAUCUUUGUUAAUAUUAAUUUAAAAAUCAUUGUUAGUUCAUGUUAAUUCACAGUGCAUUAAGUAAUGUUAAAAAGCACAACUUUUGAUUUUAAUAAUGCAUUAGUAAGUGUUAACUAACUAAGAUUAAUAAAUGCUUUAGAAGUAUUGUUCACUAGUUAGUUCAUGUUAAUUAAAGUAGUUAAUUAAUGAACCUUAUUGUUAAGUGUUACCCAAAAUAGUUAAAGCUGCAGUAGGUAACUUCUGUAAAAAAUAUAUUUUUUACAUAUUUGUUAAACCUGUCAUUAUGUCCUGACAGUAGAAUAUGAGACAGAUAAUCUGUGAAAAAAU